CGUCGGAAAACGCGCCAACUUCUAUGUAGUUGGAUUCAUAAACUUGUCUCAGUAUUUGGUAAAAGUACGGGGUAACUUCGGAAUAAAACUAAAUUCAUCAGUAUGUAAUAAUCCCUAGUGGUCCACCUGUGGUAGCUGAAGCACACCGAAAGGCCGCUGACAAUGCCUGGCCUGCAAACAGACGACAUGUCCGCAGCCAUCCACACGCCGGUGAAGAAGAACAGGCUUUCUCUUAAGUUCUUCCAGAAGAAGGACACCAAGCGCACUCUGGAGUUCUCCGAGUCCCAGGCGGAAGAACAGAAACCUUCAGAACAAGAAGAACCAGAAAGUUGUGACCAGGUGGUACCUACCCCAGACUCAUGUGUCCCUCUUGUGUGUGACAAGAGAGACAGCCCUGUGCCUUUCGUUGGGUUGAAUAAUCUUGGGAACACCUGCUACCUGAACAGCAUCCUCCAGGUGCUGUACUACUGUCCAGGGUUUAAAGGUGCUAUCAAAAAGUUACGCAACUUAUCCAAGAAGACAGAGAAGCAGAAAAAAGACAUUGAAAAUGAGGAAGUUGACGAGGAGGUGUUGCCGAUGAAUAUUGAACUGCUGUGGAGUUUGCACCACCUAAUAACCUCAAUGGAGCAACUUCAGUCCAGCUUUCUCUUCAACCGUAAGAAGUAUAUUGACAGUGAACUGGCCACCUCACCACGCAGACUGCUUAACACACUCAGGCUGCUAAACCCUAUGUAUGAGGGAUAUUUACAACACGAUGCCCAGGAGGUGCUCCGCUGCAUUCUGGGAUAUAUCCAGGAGGCCUGUGAGUCUAUCCAGAACGAGCAAAAAAUUGAAGAACAGCCUGAAAACCAGGCCCAAGAUGUAGACUCUGGUGAAAGAAAGGACGAGAGGGAGCAGAACUCCUCGCUGAAUGAGAGUGCAGAAGAGUCAUCAGCUAAAGAACGAAUAGCAAAAGAGCCACAGAAGGAGGAAAGCUCAAAGGACCAGAGCACCUGCAAGAGGAAGAGUGACACAGAAGCUGGUAAUGCCAAAAAGAGGUCAAAAUGUCUCAAGACCCAAAGCAAAAGAACAUCCACAGCAUCAGAAGAGGCAGGACAUUUCACCCGUUCGAAAAGGAAGUCCACUGGUGAGGUCACUGCCGAAAGUGACCAAAAUAAGAAUGAACAGGCAAGCCACGUGGAGGUGAAAGUAGAUGGUGCCUCCACAGUUCCUGCAAAGAGACCAAAGCAGUCGAAGUUGAGCUGGCUGAAGCCCUCAGGAAAGCAGCCAAGCAUAUUUUCCAAGUUUCGCAGCAUGGGCAAGAUCAGCACACAUGCCAGUGGCAAGGAUGCUAAAGCCAAGCUGGAGGAGGGAGACUCUUUAUCCUCUGGGAAGGAUGAGGAAGCUGCUGGAAUCUACAGUGAAGACAAGUGUCCUUUGGAGCCUGAAGAGAAAAGUCCAUUGCAGACCGAAGAACACCGCAGCUUAAACCUGAUGGAGCGGAUGUUCCAGGGUCAGUUGGUCCUGCGUACACGCUGCUUGGAGUGCGAGUGCUAUACGGAGCGGCGGGAGGACUUCCAGGACAUCAGUGUCCCUGUGCAGGAGAUUGAGUCUUGCUGGGUGGAGCCUGACUUGGAGGUGUCUCCAGAUCCCAAGCAGGAGUCAAAGACACUGAAGUGGGCCAUAUCCCAGUUUGCUUCAGUGGAGAGAAUUGUGGGAGAGGACAAGUACUUCUGUGAGACCUGCCACCACUACACAGAAGCUGAGAGAAGCCUUUUGUUUGACAAAACUCCUGAGGUUGUCACCAUUCAUCUCAAGUGUUUUGCAGCAAGUGGUUCAGGGAUGGAUCCCUAUGUUGGCCUCUCCAAGGUGAGCACCCCUCUCCACACCCCACUCAAGCUGUCCCUUGAGGAGUGGUGUACUCGGCCUUCCAAGGAGCACUAUGAGCUAUUUGCUGUCGUGAUGCACAGCGGGGUUACCAUCAGCAGUGGCCACUACACCACAUAUGUCAAAAUGGUGAACCUCAAGGAUAUCAAGGUAGAACUGGUGGACGACAGCCUGAAGCCAGAGUCUCCUGGCACGGCAGCAGCUGAGGCCUACAAUCCAGCACGGGGUUACAAUGACGGUGAGGUGUCCAUCAGUGCUACUAGCAAAGCAGGAGCCAAGAAGCCAUCUGAAGGUAUAGGACUUCUGGGAGGACAGAGGAGCGUGUCAGGCUUUGACCUGGGUAGCAGCAAGCAGGCCAACCCAGACAAGGGCAUCAAGGAGGAGUGCAGCAGCUCUCAGGGACACCAGACAGCAGUGAAAAACAAGAGUGAAAGGGAGCCCUUUGCAGUAGCCAGUGCUGGGAAGGAGCAAGAUGAUACUUAUGUGGAGAACAGCGAUGACCUUGCCCUGUGCAACCUACUGGACUAUGAGGGGAAGUGGAUGCUGUUUGAUGACUCAGAAGUGAGGCUGUUUGAGGAGAAGGACUUUCUGAAUGCUUGCUCUCCAGAGACCUGUACAACUUCUAUCCCUUACCUUCUGUUUUACAAAAAAGUCUUGGAAUGAAGUGUUUAUACAUGACCUGUGAUAUGGUAAGUACUUCUGUUUCAAAGAUGUGUAAUAUUUUUUUUUUUUUUUGUAGCCCACAGCUUUGUGUCACAGAUGUGCUCUUUCCCACAGUGUUUUGUGUUUAGGUUCUUUUCUGGUACUUAGGGUGCCUUUCAUUCCUAUAUUUCAGUUAAAGGCUACUCUAAGAUGGCAUUUUAAAUGCUCCGGAUUCAAAAAUUAUAUUCUUAAAUGCAUCCAAUUUAGAUUCACCAGUUAAAAGUAAAAGAGUAACAGUUUACUCAUUUCUGUGUUGUGUUGGAUACAGCAAACAAACUGGCUGUGAAGAUGUAACAUUUGUUAAUUUAGAUGCUUAGUGUAAGGUCUUGAUGACCAUUGGUGCUUAGUUCUGGCAUACACAAGUUUGAUAUUUUUUGGUAAUCACAACAUAUAUGAAUUUAUUCCAUUGCGUACAGUGUGCUGGUAUGUCAUGCAUUGGACAGAUUUCUCAACACUUUAAGUAGUUGUUGCCCAAUAGGCAAUUGACAAUAUAAUAAAAGCACCUUUCUUUUUAAGAUAGUGUAUAAUGACCAACUUUUCUCCCAGCCAGUGAGGCUUCCUAGGACUCUUACAGUUGCAUCAGAGUAAAUCAAUUUAAUACCACUUCUGGUUUCACUCUCAAUCUUUUUUUUUUAUGGCUUGUCAUGUUUAUCAUUGCUUUAUAUUAGCACUCCUCUAAUUGUGACUGGCACACAUGUAAACGUAUAUCUAAGCACAGAAACCUUGGCCUUGUCACACAAGAUAUACAUAACAGUGCUGUCAUUUUAAGCUAAAGCAAUAAAUAAGCUAUGUGGUUGUAACCAGUGAUUAUGUGCUAUGCAAACAUCAUGUUGUCUUUGGUGAAAUUACUCUCUAUUCUGUAGCCAAUUAUCUCAGCUAAAUCGUUACUUGUGCACAAUUGCAUUUAUACAAGCUGAGAUAUUUAGCACUGAUGUGUGUACGGUGUCUGAGCACUUCAGUGUUUAAACUGCACAAUACCUCUUUAUUUUUGGUCUGACCACAGCAUAACUUUCCCCUUUUGUAGACAUGUAUUUUUCCACAGUUAUGUCAGUUCCAGAGAACUGAACCCAGGAGACCCAAAUGUAUAUUAUGCUGUAAAAUAUGAAAACUGACCUCAAGAAGUAAGUUAGUCAACCUGAAACAGGAGUCGUAGCAAACCUGACUUGUGCAACUCUAAUGGGAAUAAGUUUGUUUGUCUAAUAUUUAAUCUGUUCUGCUCAUUAAAAGUUAGCAUAUACCAGAGUCUUAGUUUCCAAGUGUGGUGGUGUAUGAAUUUUGUUUUAGUUGAAAACCAACAAUCACUAAUGCCGACAUUAAAAUAUUUAUUUAGUAAAAUAUUUAAACAAAAAACUACAUAAAA